UGACAAUCAAUAAGACAAGAUACCUUAUUAUUUGAGUAAAAUCAAAGAUUUAGAGAUAAAAAGCUUCAGUGGUCAACAAAAUGGCAACCUUUUCGCAACCCACCAUUGAAAGUGGAUCUGACAUGGUCCAAGACUUCUUGUGUUCGACCUGCGAAGAAAAGAAACUAGAGGAAUCAGCUGAUUAUUAUUGCGAAUCCUGCGUGAAGUUUUUCUGCAGGAAAUGUAUUGACUUGCACAGCCAGUUGUUUACGCAACAUUCCCAUCAUGGAAGAGGAGAUAUGAAGAAAUGGCCAGUUGCCAAGAAGAUGGAAGAUUUUCUUCUUAAAUGUGAUGUUCAUAAAGAAGAAAACAAUGAAAUGUUUUGCGAAGACCAUAGCCAGCUGUGCUGCAAUAAAUGUGCUAUUCUGAAUCACAGGACAUGCAAAACGGUGAUUCUUUUAUCAGACUUGGUAAAAAAUACCCGCACAGACCUGAAACAAGUAUCAGUUACCAUCCAAACUACUUUGGCAAAACUGAAGGAGCUUCAAGAAAACCAGGAGGAUAGCAUUCAGACUCUGCUAAGUUCAUAUGAUGAGCAGUUACACAAAAUACAGGAAAAUCGUAAAAAAAUAAUUGCAGCCUUAAACAAGCUUGAACAAAAGGCAAUGCAGGAAUUGAAAGAUACACUGACCAAACUGCAAGCCCCUCUUGAUCGGGAUAUCGACAAAUGUUCCACUCUUCAAGAUGAAUUAAAACAACUUGGAGAAGCUAUCCACGACAUUGGUGAUAAAAACAAGCAGGAACUAUCUCUUAUAGCCAGCAUUAAAUGCAAGGAGAAAAUUCAGCAGUUUGAAAAAUAUCAGAAGGAGAACUUUGUUGAAAUAAAAUCUGUAAUAUCUUUUCAGCCUAAUAAUAAAAUUGUGGAGUACCUUUCCAAGUUGUCAGGUCUUGGGAUGACAUUGACAGUGAUACAAAAUCCAAACAAAGUAAUUAGGAUGGACGGGAAGUCUGAGUAUGAUGUACGCACAGAAGGUGAAUUCAAAUGCAGUAUCGGAGACAUAUAUCACUCCCAGUGA